AAUAUAAAUUUUAAAAAGGAGUGACUACUAUGCUUUUUAUUUAAUAAUACUGAUGCACCUUAACAUGAAGAGGAAGUAGGAGGCUUUUGGAUUAUGCCUGCUUAUGAUUGGGGAUGAUAGACAAUCUUCUCCAAAAACUUAUACCUAAACUACCUACUCUUAAGGUAAUAUGACAACCUUUACUAAGCUCAACUGAA